AUGCAAUGGGGUGCGUGGUCUCAGAAAGCUUUUUCAAUCACUAAGAUUUAUCUGAGAAAGCUGAGCUUGAAAGGCCAACCAACAAGGUUGGUGGAGAGGGUUUUGCAUUCCAUAGGGCAAACAAUAAGGGAACAAGGACAAAGAAAAUCCUCGUUUUUCACGAAGAAACUUGAGGAUAGUGACACCACUCUCAGUGCAAGUGCCAGUACAUUAAAUACAAAAGUGUGGGGUUUCACCUGUGGUGGUGUGGUCCAGCUGAGUGUGAUGGCAGCUGGGUAA